UGUCAAUUAUCUUCUGUCACCUGUUGUCCGCGCGUUUGCCGGAGUAUGGAUACAUCGAGCACCGUCAAGGCCCAGCUAGGGGCAGCACUGGAUGCUAAUGGACUGCACUACUGGAAUACGCUUUCCAACUUCUUAUCCGGAAAGAUAUCUCGCGCCGAAUUCGACCGUGCUGUCCGAAAGUGGAUCAAUACACCGGAACUAGUAAUCCUGCAUAAUUCCCUUCUCAUGUCCAUGAUAACUGUAGCGCGUGCAGAUCCUUCUUACGAUCCUUCCGCUUCAUCCUCUUCAAACAUGCCAGCGCGAAAACGGCGGCGUCUGUUGCCUCACCAAGAGCCUCCUCCACGCCUAAGAAAGUGGAUACUUGGGAUUCGGAAGUUCGAGAGGGAAAGGUUGCUUGCCGCAGGGUCUGCAUCUGGUGUCUCUACUGGUGGCCUGCUACAAUGGAAAGACGAUGAAAUUGCUCAAGAACGAAGCAUUGCGCUUCGCCAGGAAGGAAAGAAUCCACCAUUCACCAGAGUUCCCGUUCAGCUCAGCACGAGCACGAGGGCUCUUCCCACUCAGCAAAACCUAUUGGAAAGAGUUAGUUUAAUCGCUUCCCAGCAUAAUCUUACGACUUCACGACCUGUGGCCGUUCUGGCAACUGCCGCCAUAGAGGCAUACCUUAAACAAUUGUCUAUGCACGCCUUAUCACUAACUACAUCAUCUCAUCCCUUCGCAUCGAUAUCCCCUUCUAAUCCAUUUUCGCACUCUUCCUAUCACUCAUCUCACAACAACAGCACGACCCUCAAACUGUCCUCCGUCCUCUCACUCCUUACAUUGGUUCCUUCCUCGCUUCCAACACCGUCUGCAGCUGCUGACCGUCUCUUCUUUCGAGGAGCAGAGCUCGACCCUCCAGACGAUACUCGAAGGGCCGCUGAAGCAGCAAUCGAAAUGGGGGAGAAGAUGGGCCUAGACGAAGGCUUAGCUCAGUACUGGGCUUUGCUAAGCUCACGUUCUGGAGUGAGGGACUGGCUGAACAGUCGAGGAUAAACACAAUAGAUUAUUCUUUAGUUAUAUCGGAAUCAUGUCCACUCUGCUGUAUCCUAUUUUUACCCCGUUAUUACACAAUUGUAUUUCAGCAACAUCGUUUCAUCGAGA